AUGUCCCAGAAUAAACCCUUGGGGGACGACCCCGUUCCCAAGGUGUGGUGGAUCAUGGUCGGAGGCAACAGCCUCGCAUCAUCCCCAUCGUGGAACCGCUUUCUAUCUAUGACGGCCGAACGUAACAAGGUAAGGCGAGAUGCAAAGAAAGAGGAGGAGGAUUUCAAGGAGGCCCAGAAGGCUGCGAAAGAGGAGCUUGAAAGGGCGAAGAAGACGUAUGAGGAGACAUUCGGCGGAGGAGAGACGGCCUGGAGGGAGCGGAGUCGUGGAGCAGAAGCCACUGCCGACGGGACUGGGACUGGGACCGGGACCAGUCCAGACCCCGAGCAGCGCACGGAGGAGACGACCACUGCUGGACACAACGGGCCCGAGAGAGGUGGGUGA